GUUUGUGACGGUCAUGCUGACUGUCUGGAUGGAUCUGACGAGAUGCGCUGUACGUAUCCAGAUAAAACUCAUUCAACACCAACAUCUAAAAAUGCAGAGGCUGGAAAAAGGUUGACUCCAGAAGCUUCCCUACCUUUCCAAGCUCCCAAGUCCACCAAGGCUAGAUAUCCAGGUCCAGAGGGGAUGAGUUCUCCUGUCAGAAAAACACUAAUCCCUCCAGUUUCUGCUAGAGAAAGCAAGAACUCAGAAACCAAGGAAAAAGGCGAACUUGUCCAGCCCAAGAACUUACAGAGAGCAAAACAUCUACCCUGUAGCACAGAUUUCUGUAGCGGGAGGGGAAUCUGUACAAUGGUAGGCCCGCUGAGAAAGUGCCGCUGUCCGAUGGAAUAUGGUGGAGAGUUCUGUGAAGAGCCAGCACGUGGACCUGCCCCUGGCUACAUCGCCCUCAGCUUAACCAUUGUCUUAGCAGUCGCACUAGUCGCUCUGGGAGCAUUUGUCUGUUCCAGAAGAGAACACAAAUUCAAAAGAAAUAGUGCAGCAGCAUCAAGAAAUUCGACCCGCCAUAAAGACAAUGCCCAAGAAGAAGAGAAUCUAAUGAACAGUGAGACUUUUGUCAACGAGGCCUAUGAUGAGCAGGAACUGUUAACAUUACAAAGUGACUAACCUGCUGAAAAAGGAGCUGAAACAUCUCAGUAAAAAUUGUUUAGAC